AACUCCCAACACAAGAGAAAUAAAAGCUACCAUUACAUAUUUACAUAUAAUCAAAAGCUGAAAACAAGAUCCACCUCGAAUCUCUCUCCACUCCUUCCCCCUCUCCCAACAUUGAUAUCUCCACUUCCAUCCCCUUUUCUCUCACUAUCCUAAUUCAAAACCACAUUAAAAACAGUGCCAAAAAAACAAACAAUUUUUUGUCUAUCUCUAUCCCAAUGAGCCGUUCAUCGGAUCGUUGUUGCAAUCGAUGUUCAACCCAGUUCUUCUCCUUUUAGGCCAAACCAGAGCGUGAUUUGGGUGUCUGUGUGGUUGUUAGAUUUGGAGAAAACAAACAACAAUGAGAGAAGAGGACUCAAAUUGGUUCUCAAGUUGGGAAGAGGAGCUCCCUCCCCCAGAGGAACUCAUGCCUCUAUCGCAAACCCUAAUAAGCCAUAACCUUGCAAUAGCCUUUGACAUAACAAACCCCUCACAGCAACAACAACAACAACAAUAUUCACAACAAGGACAAGAACAAGAACAACAACAACAAUUUCCUCAUCAAGUACCGGACAACAUCGACGAGGAACCCGCACGCACCCUGAAGCGGCCACGCCUGGUGUGGACCCCACAGCUACACAAGCGCUUCGUGGACGCCGUGGCCCACUUGGGGAUCAAGAACGCCGUGCCCAAGACCAUAAUGCAGCUCAUGAGCGUCGACGGCUUGACCCGCGAAAACGUCGCGAGUCACCUGCAGAAGUACCGCCUCUACUUGAAGCGCAUGCAGGGUUUGUCGGCCGGUGGCGGAGUUGGUAGGGUCGCCUCCGCCGACCCCACCACCGACCGCCUCUUCGCCAGCUCGCCCGUGCCGCCGCAUUUCCUGCAGCGGCCGGGCUCCGACCACUUCUUGCCACUUGUGUCAGUGCCGGCGUUGCAGCAGCAGCAGCAGCGCCACCACCACCAGCACUUGGCAGUGGCAGCUUCCGCGGCAGCUGGCCACCGCCAAUUUGGCUUGCCGCCGAAUGGGCACUUUGAGCUUCCCAUUUUAUCGAGGAUGGGGGCUCCGGUGCCGGGUUAUGCGGCCGAGGAUGUGGAAUCCGGAGGGAGGAAGGUUCUUACUUUGUUUCCUGCUGGAGAUGAAUGAAUAUGUUAAAUGGUUAUAUUCAAAGUUUUAAAAAUUGCUGUUGUGGUCAUGGUUUUGUCGUGAUUCUUGAUAUUGUGGGAAAUUGUAGACAAAUGCUACCGAUGCAGGGACAAAUGCAGCCAAUGUGGCUACAAUGGCGAUUGUGGAUAUUUCAAAAAGUUGCUGCCAAAGUUGCGGUUGUGGACCAAAUUUUAAAACAAUGGUUAUAAUGUUGGUUAUAGUUAUCUUUGUUUGAACUCUGUAGUUUCCACCUGGUGAAGUUAAUGUUUGGUGGUGUGUUUAAGUUUGGUUAGGGGCAAGGUUUUUAAAUACGGUCUGCAAUUGCAAUGUCAAGAUUUUUGGGUUCUUUGUGACAGCAACUGUGGCUGCAUUUAUCUGCAAUGUCAAGUAUUUGGAUGAAACUGCAAUUUAAAACCUUGGUUAGUGUUAAGUGGAUAAUUGUGUGUUAGGGGUUAGUAAUUGAUCUUGCUUAUGUGGCAUAAACGAGUGUAUCCGUAAUGUGAUGAGACUUUUGGAUUAAUUUGUAGAUUCAGCCGUGGUGUUCUUAUAGGCAAUGGCAACCUAUCUGUAAUUAGUUUCCUUGUUGGUAGCAGUCUAUAGACACUUUUGGAAGCAAUAAUGUUUGUAAUUCUGUGUGCGAAUCAGUAGUUUUGUGGUUUCAAGACUUUGUAUAUGUUGAUUUAUCCCAGGCAUUGGCCACGAUUCAAUGCAAUUUAGAUUCUAGUGUUACCAUUGAGAAGUUUUCUGUCCGCAUUGGUUGGAACAAGUUUGCUAUUUAUGAGCCUGAAGAUAGUAAUAAGUGCGCACUGUGCUUAUUAGAUAUCAAUGGAAGCAUAUCAGAUUGCCACAUUGAUUGUGAGUUCUUCGAGUAGAUCCAGGAGCCUCUUGAGUUUCAAGUUGUGUCCCUUUUUUGAGGAGGUGAAUAUUAUAUUGUUUGUCUGAUGGAAGGUGUUCUUUCAAAAUUCAGGUUAUAUUUUCUUGUUGAUUUAAUUUCUACAUGUUCUUUGAACUCAAGAUUAGUUUUCAUUAAUUUUUAGCUUUGCCAUGUUACCCUGUUUAAAAUCAAACAAAUAAAUUCAUCUUUA